GGAACAGAAACAACCACUCAGCUGAGAGCAGCUGCCACUUAUUUGCUGGCAUGACCAUAGCAAGAGAACAGGGAGAGCAGCUGGGGACUGCAGCUUCCCCUUUACUGAGACCAGAAUGAGCAGAGAUGGUCUGGGAACAGGAAGCCUGAUUUUCUGAUAUCCUGAUCCUUGUGCUCUCAUUUGCACCAGUACAAAGUGAGUGUGAUACAUUACCAUCCUCUUUUAGCAGCCCUUUGCCCUGAUGCAAACACAGCACCAGGUGCAGGGCAGCAACGAUUCAGACCCGGAGAGCCACUGCAGCUCGUCCCCUAUCUAAACCCAAGGAGCAGAAGAGAAAGGUCACUGGAGAGAGCAUCUAAACCUCAAGGAGCAAAGCAGAACACCCCAGCGAUGAGCUGUGACUUCCCAUUGGCCUGAAUCCUGCAGAGAAGAAGGUGACCCACAGCACCGAGUCACUGCAGAUCCUAGGCUGUGAGGAGCAUCAGACAGAAUGGAGACUGGAGAACAGAGCUAGUGCUUUGCCUGAGAUCCAAGGACUUGGAGGAGAUUCAGAGCAGAUCCCUUUGUUCUUGGGGAGCAGAAGCCACUGCAGAAUUUGAAGGCAGUUGAAUGAAUGCUGAUUCCACCAAUGAUUCUCGCACUGUGCCUGUGGCUUGCUUGGGAUCUCCCUGCUCCUGAACUAUAUCUGGACAAGUCAUCGGCUUAUGUAGGUGACACGGUUCUUUAUCGGUGUCUCACCCCCUCGGACGCCCCCGUGAGCUUCGCUUUCCUUUGCAAGGAUGGCAAGGAAAUGACCAGGAAACCGGCUGUGCCAGGGAAAUUGUCCUUUGACUUUCCCUAUCAUGUGUCUGAGCAGAGUUUGGGCAACUAUUCCUGUGGGUAUCAGCACAAGGGCCUCCAUAACCAAGUGUGGAAUUCUCGUCUCAGCAUCACCCACUACCUGAGUGUCACAAACAAAACCACCAAUUCCAGCAGCCAUGAUCCAGAGACGCCCUCUUCCCAUGAUGCAACCUUGAGAUCCAGCCGUCCUUGUCAUCAAUGGCCAAAAGACUCCAAAGAAUCAGGAAGCGUCUGUGAAGAAGCAAAGAGGACCUGCUUCAUGAAGUCAUGCAGUGGUCCCUUAAUGAAAAUCAAAAAGUGCAGGAGUGGCGGGCGACUGAAAGGAGGCUCCGCCAGCAGAAUGCGGAGCGCCGGCACCAAAGCACGCAACGCCUGCUAAGCAUCAUUGAGCACCAAGCAAACUUGAUACAGACGCUCGUAGCAAUGCAGAUGGAGCACAUCCGUGCCCCCCCCUGCAGCCCUUGUCCCAAAACUCUUUCCCUUGUGUCCCCAUGUCACCGCCAAGCCACUUUCCGCAACAUCCAGAUUCUUAUCGCCACCAGCUGCCUCCAACACCUGUAGCUUCACCACCCAGCCCUGCAAACUACAACCCUUACCCACUGUGUACUCAACCCUCAUCACCAGGCAUUUUAGCCAGCCUGAAGUGAAGCACUCAUUAUAUUGCACUCCAGACAGGAAGGCUGAGUAUGAUAACAAGACAUACACAAAUCUGUGAUUGUCCCGUUCCCCAUCCCGCCCCCCUUUCAAACAUUACUGGUGGCUUUCAGCAUCAGAUUGCUCCCUCAAGGCA